CUGUGAGUUUUAAUAGCUAUUGUUUUUAUCAUUGGUUUCUGGAUGCUGGAUUUGGCUAACAAUACAGUGCAAGGUCCAGCUCCUGCUCUUCUGGCUGAUCUCUCAGGGCCUGACCAAAAAAAUGUAGCAAAUGCAAUAUUUUGCUCAUGGAUGGCUAUUGGAAACAUUGUAGGGUAUUCUUCUGGAGCUAGUGGAAGUUGCACAGGUGAAAUUUUCUUGGCUUAUAUUAUUAAUUUAUUACUUUGCUUUUCUAUUGAUUGUUCUUGCUGAUGUAUGGUAAUACCGUAUAUUAUCCUCCAUACAAUAUAAACCUUAAACUUAUCUCAGACUGAAUUAAGGUCUGUAAUUUACUCUUGAAUUGCUUAAUGAUUUCCUAUUCUCAUUUUUUCUUUGCAUAUAGUUUGGGAUCUUGUGUGGAUGGGAACUACUUCCCUUUGAGUGAUCCUACCUUCUUUUAGUGACAUAAAUAUUUUAGAGUCCUUUUCAUGACUCAACUUCGGCAUUCGGUUUUCUAUCAGAUUGUUUUAUUUGAGUACUCAUUUUUAAGCAGGUGGUUUCCAUUUUUGAAAACAAGAGCUUGCUGUGAAGCCUGUGGAAAUUUGAAAGCAGCCUUUUGG